AUGGCCAUGGCUAGAAGUUUUAAGCUCCUUCAAACCCUUUUCUUAGUAUUUUCUUGGCAGUCCUGUGGGAAGACUUCUGCCGCUCUCGAUACCAUCUCCGACGCGGUGAAUGAUCUCGAUGCUGUUUUGAGCAGCGGUAAUAGAGGCCGCGGCAAAGUUUACGAUGUUAGAAAGUAUGGAGCUAAAGCGAAUGGAAAGAAUGAUGAUGUUCAGGCAUUCAUGACAGCGUGGAUUGCAGCCUGCCGGAACACCAGCGGUCCGGCGACGCUUCUGAUUCCCGGCGGCCGAUUUCUGGUGGGUCCGCUGGUAUUUGCCGGUCCGUGCCGAAGCUCGCCAAUCACCCUCGAAAUUCAGGGAACUGUAAAAGCCACUACCGAUAUCAGCGAAUAUUCUUCCCCAGAAUGGUUCUCCAUCGAAGAUAUCAAAAACUUCAUCCUCACCGGCGCCGGCGUCUUCGACGGUCAAGGCGCCGCCGCCUGGCCCUACAACAACUGCAAGAAGGACAUCUCCUGCCAAAGUCUUCCAAUUUCGAUUAAAUUCUCGAGAUUGAACCAUACGAUUGUGAACGGGCUGACUUCUGUGAACAGCAAAGGUUUCCACACCUCUGUUUUCGACUGCUAUAACUUCACGGCGAUGAACAUGAAGAUAACGGCCCCCGGAAACAGCCCCAACACCGACGGUAUGCACCUCAGCACCUCGAAAUUGGUCACCAUUUCUGAUAGCGUCAUCGGCACCGGUGAUGGCUGCGUCUCCAUCGGCCACAGCUGUGAAAAAGUCACCGUCACCAACGUCACCUGCGGCCCCGGAAAUGGCCUCAGUGUGGGCAGCCUCGACAAGUACCCAAAGGAGAAAAGCGUGGUCGGCGUUCUUGUGAAGAACUGCACCAUUUUCAACACCACCAACGGUGCUAGAAUCAAGACAUGGGCAGGGACGGUGUCAGGGUUAGCAACGAAAAUUAUCUUCGAAGACAUCAUCAUGAGAAACGUCAAGAACCCCAUAAUCAUCGACCAAACCUACGGGACAAAGCAAAAAAAGGAGUCCAAGUGGAAGAUCAGUGACGUCCACUUCAAGAACAUUCGCGGUACGUCGACGACAAAUGUGGCGGUGUUGUUGGAGUGCAGCGCAUUGGCCCAAGGUGCAUGGAGAUUAGAAGAGGGCGAGUGUCGGGCUUGGCCAUGGGCCGAGCUCGGCUGCACCGAGCACGGGUCGGGACUGAGCCGUGCUCAGCUCGAUUCGUCUGGUUCGUCUGGUAGUCUCUUUGAUUCUCUUCUCGUUGCUUUGUCGUUUGUCCUUUGUAUAACAAUUGCCUCCUACUCCUAA